AUGCGCAACUCGCCCAUCCUCUGCGCCGCCCUCGCAGCACUGGCUCCCCUGGCCGCCGCCCAAGCCGGCACCGUCUCGUCCAAACGCGGCCUCGUCUACGUCGCCACCGCCGACAACGCCGCCGACGACAGCAUCUGGGCGUCGGCCGCCGCCGCCGACCAGCUGACGUGGUACUACAACUACGCGGUGCAGCCGACGGCGUCGCUCAAGAAGAGCGGACUCAACUUCGUGCCCAUGCUGUGGGGCGCGACGGACGCGGACGAGACGGCGCAGAGCACGGCGUUCCGCGACGCGGUGCGCGCGCAGCUCAAGGCCGGCACCAACAUCACGCACGUGCUCGGCUUCAACGAGCCCGACGGCGCCUCCGCCACGGGCGGCAGCGGCGUCCCCGCCGACCUCGCCGCCUCGACGUGGAUCCGCGAGAUCGAGCCGCUGCGCGACGACGGCGUCCGCCUCGGGGCGCCCGCCGUCACCGGCAGCCCCACCGGCUUGCAGUGGCUGCAGAAUUGGUUCACCGAGUGCGACGGCGGCUGCAAUCCGGACUUCAUUCCCAUCCACUGGUAUGGGAAUUGGGAGGGCUUCGCGAGCUUUCUGGGGCAGGUGAUGGCGACGUAUGCGAAUAUCAGCGAGGUGUGGGUGACGGAGUUUGCGUAUGCGGAUGCGGACAAGGAGGAUAGCGAGUGGUUUUUCAAUACGACCAUGGAGUAUUUGGAUGUGAAGAUGGAGAACGUCACGCGUUACUCUUGGUUCGGGUCUUUCCGCAGCUCGGUCAGUAAUGUUGGCGUGAAUGAGGCCUUCCUGAACUCGAAGGGCAAGUUGACGGAUAUGGGCGCGUGGUACUUGGGCCAGGCCGCCACGGGCGUGGACGGCGACAGCGCGGCUGGCAGGAGCGGGGUCUUUGCCGGGUGGACGGCCCUUGUCUGCCUGGCGAGUUUGUACGCUCUGUUGUAA